AAAAAUCUACCUACCCUUAAUUAAUGUUAUUCAGUGUAUGUAAACUACGAUCCGGUUUAGUUUUAUUUUACUGUCCAAAUUAGAGUCCGAGUUUUCAGAAAUGUACCGACUACCGCAAUACUUUUGUCUCGCGUGUAGCAAGUUAAAAUUAAUUAAAAUAGGAAUAACUAGGCCUAUAUUAUAAAUGGAUAAAGGACUUGUUUUAUAUUCAGAUUCUGAUGAAGAAAAUGACGACCUAAUAGCAGAUAAGAUCAGUGUUCAGCCAAGAGACAACGCAAACAUAACUCCAAGCGAAGAAAACGAGCGGUCGAAAACGAAACCAGACCGGAAACGAAAGUUUUCGGACCAGGAUAAAAACCAGGAGCUGAACAACACUUCACAAAAAUUAAAGUCAAAGAGUUUGCCAGUUCCUUCAGAAAUUCAAGCACUCUAUCAGGACUUGGAAGAUAGCAGUGAGACUGCAGAUGAUUCAUCAAAACACGAUGGAAGACGGCGGACAUUUUCACACAUGGAAGGGAACUGGGCAACAUUCGUAUACGUACCUUAUCCUUCAGAUGCUCGUGUUGGACAUCUUAUUGGUCAGUUGCUGUCUUGUCUGCAGCCAAUGAAGUUCCAUCGUAUGGAUGACCUUCACCUUACUCUAUCACGUACAGUUGUGAUCCGUCAUCACUGGAUACAACCACUAAUGGAUUCUAUCAAAGAGAAGUUUGAAACUUUAGAAAGCUGCAUCUGUGACAUUGUUUCUCUGAAGCUGUUCUCUAAUGACGAAAAAUCAAGGACCUUUCUGAGUUUGGAAGUUUCUGAUGACAACUCCAACUUACCGGAAUACAUUGCAGCUGUAGAUAGCAGUUUCAAAGAUUUCAGACUAGCACCAUACUACAAGAAUCCUUCAUUCCACGUCAGCAUUGCCUGGUGUCUUGGUGACGUGACAGCUGAUGUUUCAUCACAGACAGUGUCACAGAUGCAGGUCAUUCUCCAGAAGUACCUAGAGGACAACCCUGACCUCAGUGUGCUGGAAGUGAGCCAGGUGGAGUGUAAGACAGGAAACAAAGUGUACACCUUCAAAGUGAGCAAGAAGUAAAAGAGAGCCAUGAUUUUGGAGAUGACACGUGUUUGCUGUUUAAAUACAUACGUGACGGCCUGUAACCGUAACUGCUCGGCCAUUGGGACAUUCACAUAAACGGAAGCCCAGUUAACCAAAGUAAAGAAUGUGGGCUGUCAGACACUCACUUUGAAAUAGAGCUGGGCGGUAUACCGUAUAUACCGUUCGGUAUCGGUAUUAUGUCAAUACGGAUUUACCGAACCAAGCAGAUUUCAAAAUACUGAAAUUUCGGUAUUGAAAAAUAUUUCACGGAAAGCACUAAUAAUACAUCUGACGAACGCAAAAUGGGUUGGUAUAAAUCAGACGAGAGCCUUGUGUAUGGAAUUUAAUUGUAUUUAGAUGAAAUUAGCGGGUGAGCCAUAACACAGGCAUGCAUUUAAAGCCGAGUAUAUCGAAAAUAGCGCUCGAUAUCAGUAUCAUGUCAUUACCAAAUACCGAACUGAUACCGAGGUAAAUCACCCUAAAAAUACUGAUAUCGAUACUGAACCUCAAAUUACAAUACUGCCCAGCUCUACUUAGAAACUACUGUAAUAGUUUGGUAUCAAUAUCCUAGACUAUUCCUUGUAUCACACCAUUGCUGUCUUACUUUGUCCUCGGCACACAAAGUCAAGAUCCAGAUUCAGAAUACUCACCAAUGAAAGCACACAUUUUAAAGGCACUGACAACAGUUAUUAGACACUAUAACAUAUUUUCAGCUGAAACAACGUUUAAAAAAUAAAUGUUAAAUUACACAUUGGUGAUAUUGCUUAAAAUUCUGAUUUUGGCAAAUCCAGUGAGUUUCUGGUCAUCCUGGUGUUUGUGGUAUAGUACAUGUAGCUUUAAAUACAUUUUAUAAAAAAACAGAAAAGAUAUACAUGUAUACCGGUACCUCAGAAACUGGAGUCGGUGACUUUAAAGAUUUUCAAGCAAUGAAAUGUGAAGCAACCAUGACCAAUACUAUAGUUUCCACAGCGAUGGAUAUAGAUGAUGCAAGCACAGGAAGGUAACAUCAGCUCAAACAAUGCAUUAAAUAGUUCUAACAAAAUGACAUGAAAAAUUAUAAAACUAGAAAGCUACCAUGAAACUUUGUGGCAAGUACAAAAAUGAUGUCAUGAAUGUCUCUACUUCUUCCUAAACCUGUCGGAUGAUCUCACAUCCGCAAUUAAAUAACAUGGGCACUGAUGUGUGUGCCAAACUAUACCAAACAGUUUUACCAUGCCAAAUCCAUUUUAAGGUUUAGGCUUGUUGUCCACCUAUUGGUACAGCCUCUGACUUUGGUAGUGACAGUCCAGGGUCCGUGCUUAUAAACUUUUUAGAGUCCAGACUCAAUCUUAAAUGACGUCACACGCAUACAAUUUGUAUGGUGUUGUCAUGACAUUAGUGUCUCAGACUCUAUUAGAGUCUCGAGUCUAGACUCUAAAAGUUUUAUAAGUACCAGGCCUGGUCAGUUUAUUUUGUAUUGUUUAAGGACACCAGUAGAGCACAUUUAUUAAUUAAUCAUCUGCUAUUGGACAUCAAAGUCCAGGUCAGAUAGAGUGAUUAAAGAGAGUGUCCUGAGUUUGCAGCAAUUGUAAAAACAAAAACAUAGAAGUUUCUUUUGUUUAACGACACCACUAGAGAACAUUGAUUUAUUAAUCAUCGGCUAUUGGAUGUCUACCACUUGGGAAUUGUUUUACACAGUCUUAAAGAGGAAACUCACUUCAUUUUUCGAUUAGCAGCAAGGGAUCUUUUAUAUACACCAUCCCACAGACAGGAUAGUAUAUGCUGCAGCCUUUGUUACACCAGUCGUGGUGCACUGGCUACAACGAGAAAUAGCCCAGUGGGGGACCACUGAUGGGGAUCGAUCUUGGACCGAUAGCACAUCAAGAAAGCACUUUACCACUGGGCUACGUCUCACCCCCCCCCCCCCCCCACCCACCCACCAACCCCCCUGUCAUUGUAAUUGAGGUCCUGAGUCCUGAGCAGGGCAAAGUGAUUAAGUUUAGAAUGGACUACAUUGGCAAAAAAGAAUCAAAUGAAAUGAGGCAGCCAACUAAAUGUUUUUAGAUGAUUUGGAGCUAGAUAAAUAAUGAUGCCAACCCAAAGUGUAUCAGACUAUUUUCAAUAAAAAAUAAACAUACAUUUUAGAAAGGUGGCCAAAAUGUUUAUAGUACAUGUGCUGGUACAUGGUUGAGUUCUAGAACUCAGUAGUAGAAGUUGAUAUUGUGUUCAUACAUUUGUAUUUGGUUGCACUGUCAUUGUCUGAUGGUUCAUGUAUUUAAUAAUAAAAUUAUAUUAACGCCUA